UCCCCAGGCUCCUGAGUUCAGCUCCUGAUUGCUUGUCAUUCACCAAGGCUGAAAACUCAAAGCAAAAUAAACCAUGAGGCUGUCCGUGACCACCCUGCUGGUUACUCUGGCCCUUUGCUACUACGAGGCCAAUGCAGUUGUCUGUCCAAUAUUUGUUCUGGAUCUGAAAGAGUACUUCUAUAGUCCUGACCCACUGUACAAGCUGUCACUCGCGAAGUACAUUGCACCUCGAGAAGCCGUGGCUGCCAAGAUGCAAGUGAAGCAAUGCACGAAUGAAUUCUCAGUCCAAAACAGACUACUCAUUACAAAGAUACUGGGGAAAAUACUGGUGAAUUGUACUGCUACAGAUGUGAAAGGUUUACUAGAUCCUUCUGCGUGAUCACCUGAUCUUCCAUGGAAAAUGUAGAGGUUUCAACAUCUUGCUCAAUAAAUGAUUUGCCCUGCA